AUGGACACGCUACUUACCGCUGAGAUCGCGGCCAACGCGCCACGAUACCGCCGCAGGAGCUCAACGUUCAUCGACGGCAUUCAUGAUGUUACCGAAGAUCAGGGCAAUAUGGCUCCGGCCCAGCUGUACAGCACCAUGUCGGGCAGGUUAUUCCACUCGGGGAGAAUCGCGAUUGUCAUGGUUGGCCUCCCAGCCCGUGGGAAAACCCACAUCUGUGUCUCGAUGGCUCGCUAUCUUUCAUGGCUUGGCGUAAAGACGCGUAUCUUCCAUCUGGGCGACUAUCGCCGGGCCACUGUAGAAGGAGGCCACGUUCCGGAGGACUACUUCUACCCCAAUGCAUCGCCGGCGUCCGUCAUGCUCCGCCAAAAGAUCCUCAAGAAGUGCAGAGAGGACAUCUACGCCUGGCUGAACCACGAGAACGGCCAAGUCGCCAUCUACGAUGCCGUCAACCCUACCGCGAGCGGCCGCAUUGCGUUGGCCAAGGAGUUUGCCAAGCAUGAUGUUCAGACGCUAUUCAUCGAAUCUUAUGUCGAUGAUCAAGAGAUUCUUAAGGAGAACGCCCGCAAUGUCAAGAUCCACUCUCCUGAUUUCCAUGGCAUGGACCCUGACGAGGCGGCGAAGCACUACCUCAAGCGGAUCGAGAAGAAGAUUCCUGUUUUUGAGACGAUGGAGGAGGAGGAGCUGAACUACGUCAAGAUGAUCAACGCCGGCCGAGCCUUCUACUACAAUAAUGUCAGCUUCAACUACCUGACCCACAGAAUCGUCUUUUAUUUGACCAACCUACACAUCAAGUCCCGCACCACCUUCUUCGUCCGCGCCGGUGUUGCGGAAGACGAAGAGUCGUACAAGGCGGACGCCCCGCUCUCAUUGGAAGGGAAAGCCUACGCAAAGAAGAUGACCGAGGCACUUCUGAAACAUCGAGAGUUGGAGCGGCGGCUAUCAAUCGAACAGGGCGGCCCCGACGUGCCAUUGCGGUCUCUGACUGUGUGGACAUCUACACGACUGCGCACCAUCCAAACGGCAGAACCACUGAAGGAAUUGGGAUACAAAGUCCGGCAGCGGUCCCAGAUGAGCCAGAUCAACCCCGGCGUCUGCGAGAAGCUGUCGGAACGCGCCAUUCGCGCCAUGUAUCCCGAGGAGGUGGAGAAGCACGAACUGGACCCGUAUCAUCACCGCUACCCGCGUGCUGAGUCAUACCACGAUCUUGCGGUUCGGCUCGAGCCAAUUAUCUUGGAGCUGGAGCGCGAGCAGAAUGACCUCCUGAUUAUUGCUCACGAGAGUGUUCUGCGCGUUCUCUAUUCCUACCUCAUGCACUGCAGCACCAUGGAUAUUCCCAAAUUGAAAUUCCCGCGGGACGAGAUCAUCGAGAUCAUCCCCGCGGCAUAUCAGAACGAGGCCAAGCGCAUCCACAUUCCUGGUCUCGAUCCUAAGACGAUUCCUGGGUCGCCCGAAGACAUUCGCAUCCCCGUGCCGAGUGAGCCUGGAGCGAAUCUGCCGCCGAUUCCCGGCAUGAGCAGCCCAGAGCCCAUCGAGGUCGUUGUCACCCGUCCGCCGGAAAAGAUCGUCAACAAGGCAAAGGAGAUGGUGUCUGACAAGGUGGCGGACGAGGACUGA